AUGGCUGACACAUCGAGUCAGAAGUACGCGUUGAUAACAGGGUGUACGCCUGGUGGGAUCGGACAUUUCCUCGCCAUUGAAUUCGCCGAAAAAGGUUUCCAAGUCCUGGGAACCGUACGCGAUCCUUCAAAAUACACCUCUCCUCAUGCCAACAUCACUUAUCUCCCCCUCGAGCUCACGAGCAACGAAUCAAUCCGAGCACUACGCGAACGUGUCACAGAAAUAACGCAUGGCAAGCUGGACAUUCUCUACAACAAUGCCGGGCGAAACUACGUCGUGCCAGCCCUAGACUACGAUGAGGCGGAACUGCACGAGCUCUUCCAGGCAAACGUCUUCUCCGUCAUGGAAAUGUGUCGCCAGUUCGUGCCACUACUGAUUGAAAGGAAAGGAAGGAUUGUGCAAACUGGGUCCGUGGCAGGCAUAAUGCCCUAUGUAUGGGGUGCACCGUACAAUGCCUCCAAAGCCGCUCUACACACAUACUCGGACACCUUGCGCGUCGAAUUGGCUCCGCUGGGCGUGCGUGUCAUCACUGUUGUGACGGGUGGGGUCAAGUCGAACAUUGCGCGAACACAUCGGGUGUUGCCGCCGGGGUCGUACAUGCAGCCACUGGCAGAUGACUACGAGAGGCGGUUGACGCAUAGCCAGCAGCUGGGCAUGGACACGAAGCAAUACGCGCGCAGCUGCGUGAGGCAGGUGCUUGGUGGUGAUGGUCUAUUUAGUAAAACAAGGUGGAUAUGGGAGGGCAAGAUGAGCUGGAUUGUGUGGUUUGCAUGGACUUAUUUGCCAAAGGGUGUUUUGGACUACUACUUCACCUCGAGGUUCAAGCUGAAUAAGUUGAGGGGUACGGUGGGACCUGAUAAGAAGAACAGUUUUCAUUCGCAACGCGCAUACUUGCACUGGCCGGGCGACUCUCCGAGCUUGCCGCUUGAGGAUCAGGGUAUGCAUAGUUGCAGACACGAAGACGAAGACGAAGACGAAGACGAAGACGACGAGCGGCUAUCUAGUUCGGCCAAAUUCGCUAUAGAGGACGGCACUGAGCCGCGAUGGGCGAACUUGUUAGGGCACAACGGACAGGUUAGGCGAGUCGUAACCAAGUACCUGGCGCGGGAUUUAAAGAACAUUGCUAUUCUUCACAUGAGCGAGACAAACAUCUACCGCUGUGCUGAAAGUCUGCAAUACCAGAGUCGGACAGGCACGUUAAGCCUCGGUUGA